AUGGAAGAACAAAAGAAUAGGCCUCACAGGGCCCCUAAGGAGAAGAAGAAGCAGACUGGAGAGCGCAAUCCCAAAGCAUUCAGUUUCGCAAACCCAGGAAGAUUGGCAAAAAGUGCUGCCAGAUCGCAUGAUAUCAAAGAAAGACGUCUUCAUGUUCCUCAAAUUGAUCGAUUGCCAGAAGAACCACCGCCACGACUUGUUACAAUUGUUGGACCACCAGGUGUUGGAAAGACGACUCUCCUCAAAUCUUUAGUCAAACGAUAUGCGAAAGAGACACUAUCAGAUCCUCAAGGACCCAUUACAGUGGUCACUUCGAAGCGUCAAAGACUUACAUUUGUAGAAUGUCCGAACGAACUCGAAGCUAUGGUGGAUAUAUCCAAGGUGGCAGAUAUUGUGUUGUUAAUGAUUGACGGAAAUUUUGGUUUCGAGAUGGAGACUAUGGAAUUCUUGAACAUUUUAUCUUCGAGUGGUAUGCCGGGUAAUGUUUUCGGAAUUCUCACACAUCUAGAUCUUUUCAAGAAACCACAAACUUUGAAGGAUGCAAAGAAACGACUCAAGAACCGAUUUUGGAGCGAAUUAUACCAGGGUGCACAUCUAUUCUAUCUAUCUGGAGUUAUCAAUGGACGUUAUCCGGAUCGAGAAAUCCAUAACUUGUCGAGAUUUAUUUCUGUUAUGAAGAACCCAAGACCUUUGAUUUGGCGCAACACACAUCCUUACACCAUUAUUGAUAGUUUCAGGGAUAUCACCCACCCUACCAAAAUUGAGGAAGACGAGAAGUGCGACCGAACGGUUGUCUUGUCAGGUUAUUUACGAGGAACAAAUUUCGCAGCGCAAGGCCAAAGGGUUCAUAUACCAGGCUUGGGUGAUUAUUCAGUAUCUGCUAUGGAAUCAUUACCAGAUCCUUGCCCUACACCAUUCAUGGAUGCAGCGAUUGCCAAAGCAUCUGGAAAGACUGGUAGAAGACGUUUGGAUGAGAAGGAAAAGAAACUCCAUGCGCCAAUGUCUGACAAGAGUGGACUGAAAAUUGAUGGAGACACUAUUUGGAUCACUCGUGAGAAAGGUUUUAAUUUCGACGCAGAUGCCGAGGAUGACGAACGUGGGGAGGGAGAAGAACUGAUCGUUGGUUUACAAGGAGAAAGAAGGCUCCUUGGUGAGACUCAGGAGGGUGUCAGAUUAUUCAGCAAUGGUGAAACCAUCAAGUCGGUUCCCGAGGAAGAAGAUUCUGGACGAAAACAUCAAAGACGCGCAAGAUUUGUCGGAGGAGAUCAAGCUUCAGACAAUGAGGACCUCGAUGGAGUUGCCAGCGACGAAGAAUUCGAUUCUGGUGAUGAAGCAGAAAUUACCGAAGACAAAUUAGGAAAAGCAUUCAAGAAAGACAAAGAUGAGGCAGGUGGCGAUAUUGAAUUCGCUGACAGUGAUUCUGAUCUUGGUUCACUUUCUGGUGAUGAAUUGGAUGAAGAUGAUUCGGAUUCUGAUGAUGAAGAUGGGGCAGCUCGCUGGAAACAAAAUAUGUUGGAAACUGCACGCAAACUUCAUGGACAACGAAAAUCUUACCGGACUGCAGAUUUGGCAAAACUUAUGUACGAUGAGUCGCUUACUCCAACAGAAGUGCUCAAAAGAUGGAGAGGGGAGAUUGAAGAGGAAGAAGAAGACAUUGAACAAGAAGAAGACGAAGACGAAUUCUUCAAGAAGACUGGUAGAGAGGACGAAGAUGCAAUCAUGGAUGAUCGAGCAAUUCCAUUGCUUGAUUAUGAGAAAUUAGAAUCAAAGUGGUCUGUGGAGGAUAAUAUCGAGGAACUCCGACAACGUUUUGCGACAGCAGAUUUAUUAAAGGGCAAGGGCAAUGGCAGUGGCAGUGAUGACGACGAGGAUGACGAUGAGGAAGACGAAGAUGAUGAGGGUGAUGGAGAGUUCAAGGAUUUGGAAACUGGCGAAGAACACAAAGCAGACGAGCCAGUGGACAUUGAGGCCGAACGAGAGAAGAAUGCUAGAAGAAAAGAAGAGCUUAAACUACGAUUUGAAGAAGAAGACAGAGAUGGGUUCAACAACGAUAAAGCUAAUGCUAGACGAGAAGCUGGUGGAGAUGAUGAAUUUGGAGAGGAUGAAUGGUAUGAUGCACAGAAAGCACAAAUUCAAAAACAACUCGAUAUCAAUAAAUCCGAAUUCGAGAAUCUUGACGAAAGUCAAAGAAUCCAAGUUGAGGGUUACCGCGCCGGAAUGUACGGCAAGAUUGUUAUUGAGGGAGUACCAUCUGAAUUUGUUACUCGAUUUAAUCCAAGAAUGCCAAUCAUUGUGGGAGGUUUGACCCCAACCGAGGAUCGAUUUGGUUUUGUACAAGUCAAGAUCAAGAGACACAGAUGGCACAAGAAAAUCCUCAAAACAAAUGAUCCUCUUAUCAUUUCUCUGGGAUGGAGAAGAUUCCAAACCCUCCCAAUUUACAGUACUUCGGACAAUCGAACAAGGAAUCGUAUGCUCAAGUAUACUCCUGAACAUAUGCAUUGUUUUGGUACAUUUUACGGUCCAUUCAUUGCGCCCAAUACUGGAUUUUCAUGUUACCAAUCAUUUUCUAACAAGAAUCCUGGUUUCCGAAUCGCUGCCACUGGAACUGUUAUGACAGUCGAUGAAUCUUCAGAAACGGUCAAGAAACUCAAGCUUACUGGUACUCCUUACAAGAUCUACAAAAAUACAGCUUUCAUCAAGGAUAUGUUCAACACGUCAUUGGAAAUCGCCAAGUUUGAAGGAGCCUCGAUCAAGACAGUUUCUGGUAUCAGAGGUCAGAUCAAACGUGCAUUGGCCAAGCCAGAAGGUUACUUCCGUGCAACCUUUGAAGAUAAAAUCCUCAUGAGUGACAUUGUUUUCUUACGGGCCUGGUAUCCGAUUAAGCCUCACAGAUUUUACAAUCCAGUCACCAAUCUCAUUGGAUGGGAGGGUAUGCGGUUAACCGGUGAAGUCCGAAGAGAUCAAAAUCUACCUACACCAGACCAAAAGAACAGUCACUACAAACCUGUUGAAAGAGUAGCUCGUCAUUUCAAUCCUUUACGAGUUCCUCGUGCAUUGGCUGCAGAACUUCCAUAUAAGAGUCAAAUUAUUCAAAUGAAGAAACAGAGCAAACCAACAUAUAUGCAAAAGAGAGCAGUGGUAGUAGGAGGAGAAGAAAAGAAAGCUAGAGAUUUGAUGCAGAAAUUAAUGACGCUCAGAAAUGAUAAGGUGGCAAAGAGAAAGGUUGCAAAUGAGAAGAGGAGAGAAGUGUACAGGAAGAAGGUGGCGGAGAAUGAGGAGAAGAGGGGGGAGAGGGAGAAGAAGGAAAAGCAAGAGUACUGGAGGAAGGAGGGAAAAAAGAGGAGAGCAGAUACAGAUGGUGGUGGUGGUGGAAAGAGAAGAAAAUAA